AUGUCCAACCAAAGACAAGCCUCCUCCGCCUCGCAAACCCCGCACCUCUCCCCAGCCGAGCUCUCCUACCUCUACACCUCACUCUCGCUCCCAAAAUCCCCCAUCCGCCCCGAUGGCCGCUCACCAACUCAAUUCCGCCCCCUGACAGCCGAAUCAAACAUCCUCCCCGGCACAAACGGCAGCGCGCGCAUCGGAUUCGCGGACGGAACGCAGGCCAUCGUCGGCGUGAAGGCGGAGGUUGAAAAGACCGUUCUGUCGACCGAUACGCUUGCGUCUGGGGAAGGGGGGGAGUCGACGGCUGCGACUUCGGGCCAUGGGUCGUGGGUGCAGAUGUCUAUUGAGAUCCCUGGGUUUCGGGACGACGAUGCGCUGCCGGUAUUUUUGUCGGAGAUGAUGCGCGAGUCGUUGGUUGGGGCUGUUGUUGAGGGUGGGGAUGGGGGUGGUGAUGUUAUGAUGGCUGGUGGGUUGAAGGGGAGGUUGGUUAUUAAUAAACGGUGGCAUUGGCGACUGUAUAUUGACGUGCUGCUUCUCUCUCAACCACUCUCAUAUCCGCUGCCACUGCUCUCUCUCACGACACAUCUCGCUCUUUUGUCGACCAAGUUGCCGAAACUGAAGUCGCAAGGUGAGGAGGACCCUUUCUUCGACGACGACUGGGAGGUUGCGGAGUAUUUGUACCCGCGUGGUUCGAAGCUGAAGGCUACUUCCGGUCUUGCGUCACAAUAUGUUCGACCCCCGGUGACGCUGCUUGUUGUCUCUGUCGGCGAGAAUGUGAUUUUCGAUCCGAGCAGGGAAGAAAUUGCCGUCGCGGACGCAGUUCUUGCCAUCUCUGUUACUAGAGAUACGGAGGCUGGGAACUUGAAAUUGCUUUCUAUUCGCACCAUCGACCCGCCUUCUCGUCUUACGCAGCCUGCUGUGCCUAACUCUGAGAAUGUGAAUAUGCUCGGUGCCACUGCUCCGACGGAGGAUAUUGCUGUUCUGAACCCGGCGACUGGGGAAGAGGAGGUUCCUGGUGUGUGGAGGCCUCGGCGGGGUGGUGUUAAGCGCAGUGUUAUUGCGAAUAUGAUCAAGACGGUGCUGAAGAAGGGUGGGGUUGGUGAAGAGGUGCUGGAGGGGUUGGAGGGUGUUGAGGUUGAAUGA